CUUUCAUUGUGAACAGUCGCAAUUGUGUUUGGGCGGUGUAAUACGCAUUCACUGUUUCACAUUAAAACAGAUGCGGAACACGAGGAAACACAAGAUAUAUAAAUAUGGAGUCUUAACGGGGAGGAAAAUCCAAACGGGUCAUAGACGUCCGAAUUUGGAAAACCACCGAGCACGGGUAUCCAUCGGGGUAAACAAAAUCCUAACCAGGGUGCUUCUGGGAUUAGAACACAUUUUAGCGGAUCCUGCUCUUUGUGGGGCUCAAGCUCUGAACACUAAAAACGGCGUUGUGGACUUGAGACGAACUGUGUCCCUUUUAUACAUAUUAUCAGGAAUCACUCACAUACAGACACCUGCUAUUUCAUGAUCUGGGCUUAAAAUUUGAUCAUGCAAAAGGUAUUCUAUCAUGGCUUUGUACUUUUCAAUCUGACAACGUUGAUCAUACUUUGGUGUAGCUAUCACAUGCUGUUCAAUAGGAAAAUAAAAAAAGUUUUCAGCGGGAACAACGAGAUUAACUUAGACAAUUGGACUGGAAAAAGAAUGUCUUCAUAUAAUAUUCAAAUGAACACAACAACAUGUCCCUUUAACUUCUCAAUUCCUGACGAAACAAUCAAUAAAGUGUUUACAAGAUGGCGGACUACUAAACCCCGUGAGAAUCUACUGACAACGUCAUCUAAAGGUCGCCUUGGAAACAAUAUGUUUCAAUAUGCUUCACUGUUGGGAAUCGCGUUCUUAACAGGAAAACACCCCCUUCUUGAAAACUCGGACACACUUACAAAACUCUUCAACAUAUCCUUCACUGGAAUUGUCAGCAAGAAAACCAGGAUCUUCUUCAAUGAGGUGAGGUAUGCAUCACACGACUGUGAUCACUACAACCUGCUUGAUGUGACUGUUCAGCUAAACGGGUACCGACAAUCGUGGAAGUAUUUCUACUCUGUCAGAUCAGAAAUAAGAAAGGAGUUUACACUCGUUCCAACAUACAGGGAUCUCAGUGCUCAAUGCUUCCAGAAAUAUACAAGUCGACAUAAAAACAGAACUGUCAUAGGGUUACAUGUACGGAGGACAGAUAUGACAUGGGACACCAAACAAGGCUACACGGCUGCCCCGUUAUCCUACAUACGUAAAGCUAUCAACCAUAUAAAAACAAAGUUCCAAAAUCCUAUAUUUCUAACUGCCACCGAUGACAAAAAUUGGUGCCGAGAAAAUCUACAAUCCUCGGAUGUCAUCCUCAUGGAAAACACGGAUCCUUACUUGGACUUUGCAACCUUGACCUUGUGUGAUCACAUGAUAAUGACAGUAGGCACAUUCGGAUGGUGGGCUGCCUGGUUGGUCAAUGGGUAUACUGUGUACUACAAAGAUUACCCCAGAGCAGGUUCCCCGCUUGCUUCUGGGUUCUAUAAAGAAGACUAUUUCAUGCCAGACUGGGUUCCACUUGGUGCAUGAACUUACUAUGGGUAAUUAUCACUUUUUGUACCCC